CACUCCACUCCUCCGACCAAUACACCACCGCCAUGGCGCGAUCGGCAUUCGAGGAGGAAUGGGAGAGGUUGCUUCUGUUGGCGUUGCUGGAGGAAGAAGACAGCAUGAACUUGCUGUUCGAGGCUGCCGGUACGGCUCAUUGCGACUUCUUUCUGGCUCAGGCCGGCCUUGCAGUGAAUCCUGUCAGCCUGUUUCCGGGCAGCCCUGAAGAUGACCUGCUGGAAAUCCUGCGACUCUCUUUUGACUAUCGAUUCAUAGAGCGACCCCUCGCCUACCAAAUGGAUAAGCAAAACACUAUUGUCCGCCUUGGCAACUUCUCAAACAGGCAGUGGUUGGCAUACAUGCGAAUGACGCGCUUGAGCUUUCUCCAUCUUUUGCGAUUGAUCGAGGACCACUGCGUCUUCAAGAACAAUAGUAACAGAGAACAAACCCAUCCUAUGAUACAGCUCGCCGUUACUCUUGCCCGCCUCAGCCACUAUGGGAAUAGAAUGAGCGCCAUGCGGCUUGGGGACUUCUAGGGCUACAGCGAGGGAUCAUGUGUGAACUUCGUUGACAGGUGUCUCCGUGCGAUACUGUCGCUAGAGGGACAAUGUCUGUCCUGGCCUGGUGAUGAAGAGCAUUGCCUUCAUUCGCAAAGAAUGGCCAGGAAGGGCCUUCCCGGUUGUGUUGGCUUUCUGGACGGUACUACAGUUUCACUUGAGCAGCGCCCUGCGCACCAUGGCGACUUCUUUUAUGAUCGGUAUGGCCGCUACUCUUUUAGCGUUCAGGUCGUGUGCAAUAUGGAUAGGAAGAUCAUUUUCCUGUAUACUGCUGGUCAGUCAGGU